UUGUGAUAGGGUUAGUAAUAAAUUUAUGUGCCGGCCCAGUGGGCCAAUCCUCGAGCAUAGUUCUAUUUCUCCAACAACAGAAAAAUUAACGUCGUCAGUAACGAAAUCGAAAAUCCCAGAAGAGGCAAAGAAAGAAAUGAGUGUGUUUGGGGGAGACAGUUGGGCAAGAGAAGCACAAUACAGGAAGCGAAGGUUGGAUGAUCUUGCAAUACAAGGCCUCGAAGGCUCUUCUUACAAGAAGCUUUCCAGCGGCAAAUACGCAUGUCUUGUCUGUCCUCACAAUCCCGUUCUUGAUUCCCCUCUCAUGCUCUCUAUGCACUGCAAGGGAUCACGCCAUCUUGCUGCAGAGUCCAGGCUGAAGGAAAGAGAAUCUAUGAGAAAAGACGAGAUAAAUAAGAGAUUGGCAUUAUCAGACUCUUCUGUUGGCUUUGCUGACUACACUAGCUUAAACGAAAAAGUUAGGUUAGCAUGUAGUAGUAAACCAUUAAUUGAACAGACAAGGAAGGCUGCUUCUGAGGUACUAUGCAAUAAACCUCCCCGGCAAAAUUCUGGAAACCAAAGUUGUGAUGUGAAAUUGAGCAAGGGACAGGUUCCUGAUGUGAAAACUCUCUCAUGUCCUUUAGUUGAAGGAUCUAGUGGGUUAUUGAUACAGCAUCAAUUGGAUUUCCGAAAGCAUAGAGAGCGAGAACUCAAGUUUAUAGAAGCAGGUUGGAAGCGAGAUUGUCAUGGAAAAUGGUUCAAGGAUGAAAAUGUUGAGUUUGACUCUGAUGAAGAAGAUCCAAAUGUAUGUCUUGUUUAAGUAAAUUUCAACAAGGAUUUUCUUGGAAGACUCUUGAUAGAUAUUUGAUAGCUCAAGAUCAUUGACCAUGGUUUGGACUUAAAGGUAACUUGACGCGCAUAGUGAUUGCUUUCUUUGGUUUUCCAAGAACCGUAGAUAAAGCAAUGUUUCUUCUUUCUUGAUGGUAUUGGAUGGCUGAAGAUGGAGGUUGAUCUACAUUCACAAUCAAGCAGUGGAACAAGUAGAUUAGAUUUUUGAGUUGUGGCUUCAAUCAUGUAGAUUUAUGGUUGAUUAGGUCAGAAGCUUAGAUGUUCAACUGCUAACAAUAUUAAAACUAAAAUCUGUUUCAGAGCUGAAUUAUUCAUGUGCAUUUUAUCCAUUACAGUUAGCAAA